CGUGCGCUUCCCUCUCUCCCCCACCAUCAGAUCCGCCUCAGCCGCCUCGGGGUCCGCCGCUCGCACGUCUGCUGCCGUCGCCAUCAACACUCUCCUUCGGCCCGCCGCACCCUCACGCCGCCCGCUGCGCACGUCUCGCUUCUCGGCCGCUGCUCCUCUAAUCUUCCUGCGCGCUCGCCUUUUUCUUCUCUAGCCCGCACACCCCGCCGCCCCGCGCCCGCCAUGGCCGCCGCUGAUGUCGUCGCCGCUCCGGCUGCGUCCGCCGAGGAGGAGGUCGACUACGAAGGCCUCGGCGAGGGCUACCCGCUGCACAUCAACAUGAUCGCCGGCGCACUCGCCGGCAUCAGCGAGCACGCCGUCAUGUUCCCCGUCGAUGUCAUCCGCACGCGCAUGCAGGUGCUCUCGGCCACACCAGCAGCGACAUACACGGGCGUGGCGCAGGCAUUGCGGCAGAUCUCGUCCGUCGAGGGCGCAAAGACGCUGUGGCGCGGCGUCGCGAGCGUGAUCCUCGGCGCCGGCCCGGCGCACGCCGUGUACUUCGGCACAUAUGAGGUCGUCAAGGAGAUGACGGGCGGCAACCGGCAGGGGCAUCAGUUCGCCAGCACGGCCUUUGCCGGCGCCUCGGCGACGAUCGCAGCCGAUGCGUUCAUGAACCCCUUUGACGUGAUCAAGCAGCGCAUGCAGAUGCACGGCUCGCAGCACCGCUCCGUCGUCUCGUGCGCGCGCUCCGUGUACGCGCGGGAAGGCCUGCGCGCCUUCUACGUCUCGUACCCGACGACGCUCGCCAUGACGGUGCCCUUCACCGCCGUGCAGUUCAGCGUGUACGAGUGGGCGAAGAAGGUCAUCAACCCGGAGGAGUCGUACAACCCGACGAGCCACGCCAUUGCCGGCGGCACUGCCGGCGCCGUCGCGGCGGCUGUGACGAACCCGCUGGACGUGGCCAAGACGCUGCUGCAGACGCGCGGCAACUCGACCGACGCCACGAUCCGCAACGCCAGCGGCAUGCUCGAGGCGUUCAAGAUCAUCCACUCGCGGGAAGGCGCGCGCGGCUUCCUGCGCGGCCUCAGUCCGCGCGUCCUCACCUUUGUGCCCUCUAAUGCGCUCUGCUGGCUGUCAUACGAGGGCUUCCGCUUCUUCAUCACGCAGCGGCAAAAAGGCCUCUGAGCGCGAGCAGUGCGCCUGGGCGCAUCAGCCUGAGCGGGCAGCACGCGCGCGGCGCCGACGCCGCCGGGCUUGGGGCUCCGAGCCUUCGUCGCGUGCGGCCAGUGCCGGCUACAAUGCAUCAACUAUGAUACACAUCCGGAUGGCGAGCAGUGCAUUUCGAGCAGCUGGAGGGUAGUAUACGCGCACACGCGAGUGCAUGGCGGAUGCGGGCGCACAUAGAGCACAGAAU